CCGGGGCUGAUUAAGGGGAGGUAGAGUUCUUUUUGACUAGGCAGUGCCCCAUCAUUGCUGAUGAUGAUCGAACCUGGUUCCCCCGGCUUUGGGAGAUUCUAUCUGGACUGGUGUGAGGCUGGAAGACCCUUUCUUUUGAGGGGAUCGCCCUGCUCUUCGGGCCCAACUGGUUUAAAACUGGGGAAACCAGAAAUGGUGCAAACAAUUGGUUUUAAGUGAGUUGGCUGGGGCACGAACUUCUGACCGGUGUUACCUUGUUAUGAACUUGGUUACACAAGGAUAAGGACUCAAAUGCACGACCCGGGAGCCAAAGAGACUGAACACACUUCCUGUUUGGGGGGACGCUACUGUGGAGAAACUGACAAAAGAAGAGGGAGGAGGAAGUGGAGGGUGAGAAGGAGGAGGAGGUGAGGAAAGCUGCAGAAGAAGGAGUGUGAGAAACUUCUCUAUACUAAAAGAGAACCAGGAACCACAGGAGAGGAACCAGAAGAGAGGAACCACAUACGGUACGGAUCAGAUGAAGAUGAUGUGGUUCUGGUUCUGUUGGGUUCUGGGCCCCGUGGUCUUGUCCUCCCCAUCCCUGUUCUCACUGCAUCCCUCCCCCGCCAUCUUCUCGGUGGCAGAGGCCGCCUGCCCCCCCGGCAGACUUGCCUCCCUGUCCUCGGACCAGGAGGUCUCUGCGGUGCUGGAUCUGGUCUCAGGGUCAAACGGGUCCGUGUUCUGGGUCGGGCUACGGAAGGUGAAGGAUGCCUGUGUGGAUCCAGGUCUGCCUCUGAGGGGGUUCAGCUGGACCGGGGGGGGCAGCUGGGCCCCGCAGGUGAUCCGCUGGGCCCAGGAGCCCCAGGAGACCUGCACCACCUUACGCUGCGCCGCCAUCAGGCUGAACCAGACCGGGACCAGCGGGACCAGCUGGGGCCUGAUUCCCGUCAGCUGCAGGAGCAAAAACCCCUACAUCUGUAAAGGCCGGGGGACGUGGGUGGCACCAGAACCCGGACCUGAACCAGGACCAGAAGCAGAAGCAGAAACAGGACUAGGACCUGACACAGAGCCAGGAUCUGAAGCUGAACCAGAACCAGAAAAAAGACCAGAACCAGAACCAAACCAAGAACCGGAACCAGAGCCUGCACUAGCACCAGAAACAAAACCUACACCACAAAAAGAAUCAGCUGCACCAGAGCCUUCAGAAAAUGAACAACCUCAACCAUCAAAACCUGAUACACCACAACCUACACCUGCAAACCAAGACCCAGAACUGGACCUGAAGCCUAAGUUUGGACCAGAACCAGACCUGAAGCCUGACUAUGGAACAGAACCGGACCUGAAGCCUGACUCUGCAACAGAACCGGACCCUUGUCCAUGGCCUCAGAUCACGGGGACCCGCUCCCUCCGCGAGGACAACAGGACCCGGGUUCUCGUGGUGUGCUGGUCUGGUCUGCAGCUGGACCUGGUCUGCUCGGGCCACCCCCCCGCCUGGCGCCUGACGGACGGAUCUGUGGCCAACCAGAGCGCCGCCUGCCAGCUCUGUGAGCCGGGCUUCAUCAGAACCGGGUCCGGAGACUGUGAGGACAUCGACGAGUGCAGCGCUGGGGCCAGGCCCUGCAGAACCUCCUGCCUCAACACACCAGGGUCUUACAGGUGUUUCUGUAUCGAUGACGCUGGCGAGCGCCACGCCGAGGAUUCGCCGGUUUGCGCUCCUACUCUUGGCUUACUGUUUCCACUGCUGGUUGCCAUGGCAGCGCUGGUUGUGCUUAUGGUGGUUGUCGCGGUGACGGUGGCGCUCUGCAUGAGGAGGAAACGAGCCAUGAAGAACAAAGAGGGCUAUGAGCCGGCUAAUGAGAAGGAAGCAUCGUGAGGAUCAGAGCUGUGAUUGGUCCUGACUGCCAGUGACAUCAUGAGUGUGGGACAGGGGGUGGAAUUCCACAGAAAUAAUGCUAAGUUGAUGAUUUUAAAUUUGUACAUUUACAAGAAGUAAUUAUAUAAAUAUAAAACUUCAAUAUUCACUGAGAUUACAAACUCACACAAAAAAUACAUAUACAUGAGACAAAUGCUUAUUUUUCUCCGAGGCUAUCUAAUAAUGAAUAAAUAAAGGCAGUUCUGAAAAUCAAAGUCAAGAACAAGAAAAAACUCACAAAUUCAGAAAAAAAAACUCUAUAAUAUUGAAUAGUUUGUUUUCUGUCGCAGUGAUCCAGGUAACAGGAAGUCAGGUGUGCGACUAUAACCUGAUUGGCUGCCCAAAUUGGAUUUAACUCAACCUGAAAUAUGUGUUAUCAAGUUUAUUACAUAUAACUUUGAAUCAUGAUCUAAGUCAUCUUUGAUGAAUAUCCAGUGUAAAUAUAUUUUUGAGGACACAAACUGUAAUCCAGUUUAAAUUCAGGGACAUUAAGAUAAAUAAAAUGCUGAUGUUAAACUGCGUUAUAUUUCUGCUUCCGUAUGUGUUUUAAUCAGAAGUUAUAAAAGUUAGAUAUUGUGUUUGAACUUUUUGAUCAAUAAAGAUUUUUGCUGUUUUACGUAAACAAA